ACUGCUCCUGUGGUGCUCAGCGGUUUCCCUCCCCCAACGGCGCGCCCGCGGUGGCCGGCGCGUCGUCUGCGGAGGCCGCGACCCCGCCUCGCCGCCCGCCCGCGUCUGCGUCGCCGUCCCCGCGCCCGCGCCCCGCCGUUGGGCCGCGCCGCGCCGGCAUGUCGGGCCCCGGGCCGCGGGAGCCGCCGCCUGAGGCGGGCGCGACCGGCGGCGAGGCGGGCCCCGAGGGCGCGGGCGGCGGGGACGCGGCGCUGGGAGAGCCGGGGCUGAGCUUCACGACCACCGACCUGAGCCUGGUGGAGAUGACGGAAGUGGAGUACACGCAGCUGCAGCACAUCCUCUACUCGCACAUGGAGGCGGCGGACGGCGAGCUCGAGGCGCGCCUGGGCUCCGCGCUGCUGGCCGGCCCGGGCGCGGGCUCGGGCGCGGCGGGCUCGCUGGCGCCGGCGCCGCCUGUGUACCCAGUGCUGUGCCCGCCGCUGGCGGCCGACGCGCCGUGCUUGGGCCACGUCGACUUCCAGGAGCUGCGUAUGAUGCUGCUGGGCGAGGCGGGCGCGGCGGAGAAGACGCCUGGCGGUGCGGACGGGACGCGGACGCGGGCGGACGGCGCGGCCAAAGAAGGCGCGGGCGGCGCGGGGCCCGACGGCGCACCUGAGGCCCGGGCCAAGCCGACCGUACGCGUCCGCCUGGAGGACCGCUUCAACAGUAUGCCGGCCGAGCCGCCUGCGCCGCGCGGUGCUGAGCCCGCCGAGUCGGGCGUGGCGCUCAACAAUUUGGUAACUCUUAUUCGACAUCCAUCUGAAUUAAUGAAUGUUCCUCUUCACCAGCAACAAAACAAAUGUACGACCUUAGUGAAAAAUAAAACUGCUGCUGCCACUACUGCUUUGCAGUUCACCUACCCACUGUUUACAAGUGCCUGCUCCACUGGUGGGAAUGCCAGCCUUGCACAGACGCAGAGUUCUAGUAACUCAUGUUCUAUACUGGAAGCUGCCAAGCACCAGGAUAUUGGACUGCCUAGAGCAUUUUCUUUCUGUUACCAGCAAGAGAUUGAGUCCACCAAACAAACAGGAGGUAGUCGAAACAAAGCCUUGCCGGAGCAGGUUUGGAUUAAAGUGGGAGAAGAAGCGCUAUGUAAACAAGCAAUCAAUAAGAGGAAUCGGAGUAGAAUCCGCCAGCUGGACACAAGUGUGGAGCGAAGAGCCCUCGGAGAGAUUCAGAAUGUGGGCGAAGGCUCUACAGCUUCACAGGGCACCUGGCAGUCUUCAGAGUCCUCACAGUCAAACCUGGGGGAGCAGACGCAGAGCGGGCCCCAGGGAGGAAGGUCUCAGCGUCGGGAGAGGCACAACCGAAUGGAACGAGAUAGAAGGCGCAGAAUCCGCAUUUGCUGUGAUGAGCUGAAUCUUUUAGUUCCAUUCUGCAAUGCGGAGACAGAUAAAGCAACAACCCUUCAGUGGACCACAGCAUUCCUGAAGUACAUUCAGGAAAGACAUGGGGAUUCUCUUAAAAAGGAAUUUGAGAGCGUGUUUUGCGGUAAAACUGGCAGAAGGCUAAAGCUGACCAGACCCGAAUCCCUGGUGACCUGCCCUGCACAGGGCAGUCUGCAGAGCAGCCCUGCCAUGGAGAUCAAGUGACUGGACUGACCCAGGCCCUGGGAGAGAACCGCCGUUCCUGCGGCAUCAUGCACAUGCCUGCCACCCCGGAGUUCAGCUCUGAGUCCUCGAGAGGGAUGUGGCUCCAGUUGGUGGGACUCUAGUAAGGACUUUGAGAGCACAUUUUGUGAAAGUAUUUAUCUAAACAAAAUACUUACCCACUAAUGUCCGGAUGACCAUUUGAGGAUGAAGACAUCUUGAUAAUUAGUAAUUUUUCAAUUACCUGUCCGACACCAUCAUGUGUUCUUAACAUGAUAACUUAAAAAAAAUUAACAUCCUUGGUAAUUUCUUGAGUCUCGAGACUAAAGAAAACAUUGCCGUUUACUUAUUUUGUUUACAUUUUAAAUGUGCCCCUUUAGCAAUUGGAAGAAGGUAAAUUGUUCUUAACUAGAAGAGGUUUGGAAACUUUAUUUCAUUUGUUCUGUCCCCCCAUUUCCAGUCUCACGGUACUCUAUUGGAAAAAUGCAGUGCCAUUUUAAAACUUUGCUAAGAUUUUCCAGAGACUUCUUUUAAAGCUCCUUUUGCCCAUAAACAUUUUCGCAAUACAUUGCUUUAAUGCCCACAUUUCCAUAUUGUGAGGCAUUGCUUAAUGUGUAAUAAACUGUGUGUUUGGAACAAA